UACGUGCUGUGCGCAUUACCAACGUGUGUGAGUGUGCCUGUGCGCCAGACUGCUUGUCUGAAUGUGUCAUGCUUUUUACGGCACUUUGUUGGUGAUUAACUGUUCACCUUUUACGGUUGGGAAAGUGUUGUUGUCAUUCAGCGGGAAAGGAAGGAGGAGGGGGAGAGAGAGAGGGAGGGAGGUGCAGGAGGAAAAGGAGUGGCUUUCUGUAGAUAGCUGUCCUUUCUGCCAGAGCUCGCCCUCUCAGUGGCGGUUUAGGAGUAACAAUAGAGGAGCAGACCGGGAGUGCCGAGACACAGAGAGGGAAAGACAGAAUACAGAGCUGACGCCCACAUUUUUCACUCAGGUACGUAACGGCACAGUAGAAGAUCGGAUUUGAUACGGAGAGGAAUGAGGUUUUAGUUUUUCACUGUUACACUUAGGCCAUUAUUAGGAGUCUCAUUUCAAAGUAGUUAGGCCGCAGAGAGGAUGUGAGGCUUUGUGCUAGUGUGUGUGUGUGUGUGUGUGUGUGUGUGUGUAGUGUGUGUGUGUGUGUAGUGUGUGUGUGUAGUCAUGUGUGCGUGUAUUUUUGACUGUUCAGGUAGGUUUUUCAUGCAUGAGUUCAGCACACUGUAUGUAUUAAUAUUUUAGAAAUGUUUGUGUACAUGUACUAUACUGCGUGAGGGAGUGAAGCAGGUAUGUGGUGUUUAAAUGUUACAGGUUAUGUCAGCUGGUGUAAAAAGUUAUUUUGGCACAGUUGACAGAGCGUGUACACCGCCACACCUUGAUGAAACGGAAGUUCAAGAGGUGACAAUGCGAAGUUCUUUCUUUCUUUGGUGGGCUAAACAUUCUGUGCCCUGACACAGAUCAGCCAUACGUUCUGUACGUUCAUGUAUGGGUGAGUGUUGAAACUGCAGAGAUGACUAGGCAUUCAAAAGACACCUCCCACCGGAAUUUAGCAUUAUCGGGCCUCAGUGUGUUCAAUAGUCUCGACGGUAUGCCUAGCUUGUCCCUCACACGUGCUAGUUACGGUGGGAUGUUAUGUUGUGCGUUGCAUUCUGUGUUUCAGCAUCAUGGCGUCGGCUGCUCCGCAGAAGAGGAUGGUUUCCUCCGUCUUCAUCACGCUGACGUCCCCUUACAGAGCCACCGUCACUCAGCACCAACACACGCGCACACACAGCGCCACCGCCAAUGACAUGCCACAUGCAGCCAUGCGGGUUAGCCCAGAGGACAGCAGCACCCGUAAGCCCAGUGUCAGUGACACGCAGCAUGGUUCCAUACAUAGGCAAGAGAGGACUCCGUCUGAGUCCCAGGGCAGUGCACAGAAUGGGGACCAGAGCUCCACACCUUCCCUGGCCAGACCCUCAAAACCCAGACCUCCACCCAGCCCAGUGACCCCUAACCUCACCCUGGGUCCGGAAGACACGCAGCAGACAGAUACCGCAGCAUACAAGGGUCCUGAGGAGCUCCCUCCUCCACCUCCCCUUCCUCCUGUGUCUGUGGAUGCUGAACUGACGGAGGAUCUUGCACCUCUCCUGCCUCCUCCACCCGUACAGGAGACGCCAACUGCUCCCAUCCUCCGACCUGUGUAUCCAGACAGACCAACAAUGUCUGAACAACCGAACUUUGCAGUGAAUAGACCGCCAGAGCAAAGAACACCAUCUAGUGGGGGGGAACAGAAGGAACCAUCCCAGGAGCAGCUACAGAUGGUGGAGAGCAAGGAGGUGUGUGGCUUCUGCCGUAAGCCUGUGGCUCUGAGUGAAACUGCCAUAGAGGCUCUGAACAGGACAUACCACGCCAGUUGCUUCCAGUGCAGACAGUGCCAUAUCCCUCUGGCUGGUAAACUGUACUACAAUAAGGCAGGAAUACCACUCUGUGAGGACUGUUACCAGGCCAGUUUGGAACUUUGCUGGGCAUGUGGAGAAGUUAUCAAAGACCAUGUUAUCCGUGCACUGGAAAGAGCUUACCACCCACCUUGCUUUAUCUGUGCGACAUGCAGCCAACCAAUUGGAGAGCAGAGAUUCGCUCAGGGAGAGGUUGGGGAAGUGUAUUGCCUCCAGGAUUACUACAGGAAAUACGCUCCCCAGUGUAGUGCCUGCCAACAGCUGAUCAUUCCAAGAGAGGAUGGCACGGACAGCUUCACCGUGGAGUGCCUGGGACGCUCCUUCCACGAGGACUGCUAUCGCUGUGAGGUCUGCAGUACCCAGCUCUCCCCAGAGCCAAACGACCAUGGCUGCCAUCCACUGGAUGAGAGGGUGCUGUGUAAGUCUUGUCACCUGACCAUGGUUCAGUCUGCCCAGCUCUAAUACUGAACUCAGAACCAGGGCCCGUAUUCAGGGUUUGGGAGUAACUGAUUACAUGUAUCUGAUUACAAAAAAAAGUAACCUUUAACCAGGUACGUUACCAGCAAUGUAAUCCCAUUACAUGUAAUGUAAUCACAUUACAGAUACUUUUGAAAAUGUACCCUCUUGGAUUACUUUUAAAUUUAGGAAGAAUGUUUGCGAAAUGAUGACACCUUUUUGUUUUCUCAAUGACAUUUAAUUCAGCGUUGGAAAAAGGUGUACAUUUUAAGUGUGCUCCACCUGAGCGAGUCUGAACACAAGUCAGAGACCGCUAUGAUGACACAUCAAAUGUUUGAUGGAUCCUUUUUGUCUCCUUUAAUGCCUCGUAAGGGGAAAGUAAUCAAAAAGUAAUAUGAUUACAUUACUAAAUUUGGGUAAUCCAAAAGUUAUGUUACUGAUUGCAAUUUUGGACAGGUAACUAACUAGUAACUGUAACCAAACGAAUUACAUUUAGAAAUGACCAAACUCUGCCCGUAUUCAUAAAGCGUCUCAGAAAAGCAGCCACGGUCUAGAAACAGUUUUGCCUUUUAGAUCGUAAUGAAUAAGAUUGAAUGGAAAGGGCAGACCUGAUCCUAGAUCAGCAUUCCUACUCUGAGACCCUUUAUGAAUACGGGCCCAGGAACCAGGGUGGGACGCUCCAACUGUGCAAUGUAGCAUAUGGAGAGACAGGCUGAAAGUCAACGGAGUAGGUCCUGAUUGGAUUGUAAAGGAGAAAUAUCGAUGAAACUGGGAAAGAAGACGAGCCUUCCUAGUUCUGUAUCAUGGGAAUAAGUCGUUGGACUUCGAAUGUAACAAACUUUCUUCAUCACACAGCAUUUAGAAAUGAUUUGCAAUUAUUGUUUACGUAGCAAGACAUGUUUAUCAAUUGCCUCCUAUACUUCUUUCAUAAUUGUUACUUUUGCACUCUUUUUUUUUUUACCCACACUAGUAAAUGCACCAAAGAUAUUUAUUCAACAUACAUUUUCAAGUAUUUUGUCGUAUGCAUUCUUUGAAUAUUAUGUAGUGCUCAGUGCUGUAUGUUCAUUCUCAAUAUAUCCUUUCAUAUGAGAAAAUAAACUAAUAUAUUAUAUAGUA